GCUCGACUCUCUAGGCCUCGUCUAUCUCAGUGGUGACGGGGGCGGAGGUGGCCGGCCGAUCUGAAAAGAGUGGCGGGAGUCUCCCACUUUCUCUCCAAUUUCCCGGGAGCUGUUUCCGGGACGCGGCGUAGAGGUGUUUCGCGACCCGCGGGCGCGGGUGUUGGCACCGGGAGCAUCCCCGGGAGCCGAAUGCGCCGUGGACCAUGCCCCUCCUAACCCAGCCGAUCCCAGAUGAGAGUGAUUACAGUUUAGUGGCCAGCCUUGACAACGUCAGGAAUCUCUCCACUAUCUUGAAGGCCAUUCAUUUCCGAGAACAUGCCACGUGUUUCGCUACUAAGAAUGGAAUCAAGGUGACAGUGGAAAACGCAAAAUGUGUGCAAGCAAAUGCUUUUAUUCAGGCUGGAAUAUUUCAAGAAUUUACAGUUCAAGAAGAGUCUGUUACUUUUCGAAUUAAUUUAACCGUCCUCUUAGACUGUUUAUCUAUUUUUGGAUCAAGUCCUACUCCAGGGACUUUAACUGCACUUCGGAUGUGUUACCAAGGCUACGGUUACCCUUUGAUGCUAUUUCUGGAAGAAGGUGGAGUGGUGACAGUCUGUAAAAUCAAUACACAGGAGCCUGAGGAAACCCUGGACUUUGAUUUCUGCAGCACCAAUGUUAUUAAUAAAAUUAUUCUGCAGUCAGAGGGGCUCCGUGAAGCAUUUUCCGAAUUGGAUAUGACGAGCGAGGUCCUACAGAUCACCAUGUCUCCAGAUAAGCCUUAUUUCAGGUUAUCUACUUUUGGGAAUGCAGGAAGCUCACACCUUGACUAUCCCAAAGAUUCUGAUUUGAUGGAAUCAUUUCAGUGUACUCAGACCCAGGUCAACAGAUACAAGAUUUCUUUACUGAAGCCCUCUACAAAGGCAUUAGUCCUGUCUUGUAAGGUGUCUAUUCGCACAGAUAACCGAGGAUUCCUCUCAUUACAGUAUAUGAUUAGAAAUGAAGACGGACAGAUAUGUUUUGUGGAAUAUUACUGCUGUCCUGAUGAAGAAGUUCCUGAGUCUGAGUCUUAAGUCUGGCCGUUCCAUGUGUGUGUUUACAUACACGUUCCUGAUAGGUCGUGUUCCUGCUCUGAGUGUGGUGCUCUUCAUGAUUUCUUACUGGAUUUUCUAAGGCAAAGAAGCCUGGAAGAGACUGGAGCAAAGUCCCUGUCCCCUAACAGUUGUAUUUUGUAAGUAAUGUUUUCAUGUGGUCACAGGUUUAUCCAGUCCUGGACUGCCCUGUGGUUCUGUCUCUUGAACUCAUGGGAAUCGUUAAGGGCCAAGAUGAGGAAGUUUUAUGUUUUAUUCUAUUUACAUUGGACCUUCCAAGAGUCUAAAAAUUUAAAGUUUGAUGAAGCCAUAUCUGAAAUGUUCUUUUAUGUAUUUACUGUUAGAGAAAGCAAUGGCAAAGGGGCAUUGCUUAUUAGUUGGAAUUCUGGAGAAUCUAUCUUAGGGCAGUGGUUCUCAAAGUGCCUAGAUCACCUGGAAACUUGUCAGGAUCUCUAGGGGCAGGCCAGCAAUCUGUAGUUUAAAAAACUUCCCUCCUGGAGAUUCUGAUGGAUGCUAAAGUUUGAGAACCACUGUUUUAAAGAAUCCGUUUUUAAAAAUAGCAUUUAAUUGCAUUGAAGUGACUACUUUUACAUGUGAUUUCUUCACAAAUGUUAGGAAACUUAGGCAUCACCAAACAAGUCUGGAUAAUUAUAUGAUUUAUUUUUGAAGUGUGUAUUUUGAAGACAUCUAUGUACAAGAUAUAACAUAGUCUUCAGAGUUAGAUUUUCAUCUUGUUCUGAAAACUGUUCAGUGUAGUAAAUACUUAUUAGAUACCUUCUGUUUGCCUAUAGAAGUUUCUCAACCAAACUAAGGUGUACAAAACCAGUUACUGUUUUUACACUUUCUUGGAUAGUUUUCAAUGAAAUAAUGUUUGUGGUGUGCAGAUAUUUGAUAAAAUAUAAUGCUAAAAUUAUCUACCUUUUUUCUAGUAGAAAAAAAUACGUAACUAAAAUGAAGUUUCUGUACCAGGUGACAACAGCUCAGUGUGUCUCAGUGGGCAGGCACUGUUGGCCUUUGGAGAGUAUUUCAGCCAAGCACUGAGGGAAAAGCUCCCCCACAACAGAUGCAGGCGCUGCCCCCAGGCAUGCGUCCAACUCGAGCAGUUCUGGGUAUCUCGCCCAGGUUGAGUACCUGAUAACUAGUAAGUUUCCCAGGCAAUCUCAGGAUGCCCAGCAAGUACAAAAGAGACUGGAGUUUUGUAGAGUAUGUGUUUAAGGAGGAAAUGAUCGAAUCUACUAAAUGUCAGAUUUCUUUUUUUGCCUAAAUAAACACUAAGAACAGAACAAAUCUAAAACAAUUAUGAAAAUAUUUAAUCAGUAAACAUUUCAAGGACUACAUUUUUCUUUAAAUUUAAAAUAGGGCAGUUAUUUUUGGUUUUUGUUCAUUGGUAUGUCUGGUACCUAGAACAGUGCCUAGGAUACAAAAAAUAUUUGUUAGAUGAAAGAACCUCUACUUACAGAUUAUUAUUCACUAUUUUAUUCCAAUUAUUUAGUUAUGAAUUUAUUUUGAAUUUUGUAUUUCUUAAGAGCUGAACCUAUGAAGAAUUUAAAAUAUGUAUCGAUUUGACUGACAUUUUUGCACAUUUAAGACUUGUUUUAGCUGCACAUAUCUUGAGUUAUUUAUAAUUCAGAAGCUAAUGAAUUUAAUUCUUUCUAAGUCUCCCUAACAUCAAGGUAUGAUUUAAUAAAGUUUUCUAUUUAUGUGCCAUCCUAUUUGACCUAGGAAUUCGCUGGGUUUUGUUCAAGUGCCUAUGAAAGGUCAGACCACUAGGGGGAGCACUUCCCCAGGCUAAGUUCAUUUCCUGUGUCACAGAGAAGACUACAAUCUUAUUUUUAAGAUUUUGCUUUGCCGUUUUGAAGUUUAUCUCAUAUUCUUUCCAGUAAAUUUGUGCUUACCACGACUGGGUAGGUAAUCUUUUUUCGUUUUUAAUUAGUUUACUCCCUUCUUGAUGAUGAGGUACUUCCACUUAGAAUUAAUGAGAUGAUUCAAAAUAAAUAAAAAUAAAAUGACUUGUUAAAUUCUCCUGUUCUAAUCAAAAUAAGUCUUGUAAUACAAUCAUUUUCGUAAGAAUUAAGUAGUGCUGUGAAGAAUCAGUGACAGGUGCCAAAAGGGCAGCAUGGGCGUUCGCUACAGUUUAGGGCAGGGGGGUUUCCGAACGUGUAGUCUCCCUUCUCCCCCUGUCUUCACACUGCUGGCCCUUGUCCCCACCUGAAAUAAAAUCUGUGGGUCCUGCGAAA